UGAUGAUUAAGUACUUACUUUUUGUAUGUUUGAUCACAACACCUUUUGCCCAAACAUCUGAGGCAGUUGUAACUCAUUAUGAUUUGGAGGGCAAUUUGAUUUAGGAAGACAACUCCUUACAAGUAUCUGAAGACAUUGACAGCAUGAAUUCAAUGACCAUGAAUUAAUAAGAUGUAUAUUCAAGCAACAUGGACUCAAUUGGAACUGAUAGCAUGGAUUAUUAAUCAACAGAAUAAGAGUCUGUUGAAAGUAGCAAUCUUGAAGCUCCCAUGAAUUUAGAAUAAACUGAGAAUGACAGUAUGAAUGUUGACCCCAAUUCCAUGCCAGCCUUAGAUUCUAUGACAAUGAAUGAGAAUUUGGAAAACUCCAUGCCUGAAUAAGAUUCCAUGUACAGCACCAAUGAUCCAAAUGAUAUUAAUGCUGUUGAACCUAAUUCAGUGGAAGAAGCUAUACCCAUGCAAAACUCUGAGGUUUCUAAUUUGGCUGAUGCUAGCUCAGAGAUUAGCAAUGAAAUACAGAACACUAAUUUGAUUGCUGACCCAAAUGAAAUAAAUAUUGUUGAUCCCAAUAAUCUUGAAAUACCUCAAGAUAAUCAAAUUGAUGUUUAAAAUAUUUUAGAAUCAAAUGUUGGAUUUACUACUGAGGCUAACGAUUCAAGCAAUGCAAGCUAAAAUGAAGUUGAUCCAAAUAUGGCUUUUGAAGUUCUCACAAAUACAGAUAAUUUAUAAUCAUCUUCAGAAAUGGAAAAUGGAUUUGCUUAAAGUGAAGUUACUAUGGAAAAACCUAAAGUAAAAGAAAUUCCUUAACCUCAAAACGAGGAGGAUCAAGGGGAAGAAAAAUCAGAAGAGGAAGCUGAAGAACAUUAGCAAGGUACUACGUAAUCUGACCAGCAAGAUCCCACAGGAUAGGAUGGUGCCAGUACUCCAGGAUUAGGAACUGGUCAUACUACCGAUUAAGGAGAUGCUGAUCAGACAGAUUAAGAUGCUGGUCAAGAUCAUACAACAAAUGAUCAUUCAGCACAAUAAGGAGAAAAUGAUGGUCCAGGUUAAGAUGAUGGUGAUGCAGGAUAAGGAUAAGGAGAUGCAGGAUAAGGAUAAGGAUAAGGCUAAUGGGAUGCAGGAUAAGGAUAAGGAGAUGGACAAGGAUAAGGAGAUGAUGAUGCUGGAUAAGGAGAUGGACAAGGAUAAGGAUAAGGUGAUGGACAAGGAGAUGGAUAAGGAUAAGGUGAUGGAUAAGGUGAUGGACAAGGAGAUGGAUAAGGAUAAGGAUAAGGAGAUGGUGACGCUGGAUAAGGGUAAGAAAAUGGUGAUGCUGGAUAAGGAUAAUUUGAUGCAGGAUAAGAAUAAGAAUAAGGAGAUGGCGACGCUGGAUAGGGAUAGGGAUAAGGAUAAGGUGAUGGACAAGGAUAAGGAGAUGAACAAGGAUAAGGAUAAGGUGAUGAACAAGGAUAAGGAUAAGGUGAUGAACAAGGAUAAGGAGAUGAACAAGGAUAAGGAUAAGGAGAUGGAUAAGGAGAUGGUGAUGCUGGAUAAGGAUAAGGCGAUGGUGAUGCAGGUUAAGGUGAUGGUGAUUAAACUGGCUAAGGCGAUGGUGAUGCAGGUUAAGGUGAUGGUGAUUAAAAUGGCUAAGGAAAUGGCAAUUCAGGUGAAGAGGGAGAUAACGCAUAGCUUAAAGCAGUAGAUUCAACCAAAAGUAAAUAAUUAGUUUAAGGAAAUUGUAUUAUCAUUUAUUCUUAAUGUAACUUCAAGGGAGAAUCUUUAGAAGCAUGCAAUAGUUUAAGCGAAAUUGAGUAAAUUUAUUGUUUAUUCUAGGGAAUUCAAAGCUUAAAUUAGAUCAAUAUAUAUCCCAGAUGGUUUGGGAUUGACAGUUUAUGAUGGCGAGAACUUUACUGGUAACCUACAUAAAUUCAAAUCCUCUUAGGAAUGUUUGACAACCCCAUUAUCAUUUGCAUAAUUAGCCAACUCUGGAAAUUAGUUGAGAGGACAAAAUUUGAGGUCCAGAUAAUGAAAG